UAACUCUCGGCCAAACACCCUCGAUGAAAACACCGUCGACUGUUCCCCUCGGUCUCGUCUUUUCAGCGUUGGUCGCGUCGCGGCUGCUGAUUUCGUGCACCUCUAUCCAUGAAUAUCUCAUUCAUGACCACCAGCUGUCUUCGCCCCUUACCUCAUUUCUCAAUUUGAAGGAGGGCAUAUAUCUCUUCAAUAAUGGUGUGGAUCCGUACUCUGGGGGUGUAUUUCGACACUCUCCACUAUACCUCUCUCUUUUCACGACCAUUUUGUCUCCGUCGCGAAUUAUUGCGUCCUUGCUAUGGACACUGUGCGACUCAAUAGGUGCUUGGUCAAUGGUACGCAUAUGGAGGGCCAGGAAUAAUAUCGUGCAGAGCAGUAGAGAUGUUUUGGUUGCCGCCCUGUAUUUCUUAAAUCCCUAUCUGUUCCUUCCAAGUCUGGCUUUCUCCACAUCGUCCAUUGAGAAUGCUGUAAGUUUGCUAGCUAUAAUGUUUGCGUGCGAAAGACGGACAUCUGCAUCUUUGCUUGCUUUGGCUUUUCUUGUGCAACUAUCUCUUUCCUCCGUUGUCCUCAUAGUACCAAUUAUUCUCCUGUUGAUAACCAGUCCAAUCUCACAACUUGUAUCUCCGAGACCGUUCUCCGGGAAAUGGACUCAAUCAUUGGGACAUGUUUUCGAGUUGGCCAUAUACGUUCUUGUUCUCACGCUUGCGUCAACUCUUGUCUCAGGCGACUUCCUUUGGAUAUCGCAGACAUGGGGUGCAAGUCUUACCCUUCCCGACUUAACGCCUAACCCUGGGCUUUGGUGGUAUUUCUUCACCGAAAUGUUUGAUCAUUUCCGCCCGUUCUUCUUGAUGGUGUUCUCGGUACAUCUCUUGAUUUACAUAGCGCCUAUAUGCAUCAAAUUUCAGUAUGAUAGUCUAUAUGCCACAUUCCUGCUCGUCGGAGUACUUGGCAUAUUCAAAGCAUAUCUAACUCUAUCUGAUCCAGGGCUGUUCUUGUCGAUGAUUUCUCUCUUCCCGGAGAUAUACCCUUACUUCCGACACCCCAUCGUUACCUCAUUACUUCAUUUACACGCUACAAUGCUUCUGCCUUUGUUCCAUAGGCUGUGGCUGACGCAGGGCACAGGGAACGCCAAUUUCUUCUAUGCAUCAACAUUGGUCUUUGCCUGUGCCAAUGGUGCCGCUCUUGUGGAUUGCGUAUGGGCCGGUCUGAGAAUUGCGAUUGGAGAACAGGUUGAUGGGUACGCCGUUACUCAAGAAUAGAGGGAGGUGCCCAUCAGACAUUGUCCAGUGUCUGAGGCGAAGGAAAUAUUUCAACGCUGUGUCACUCUUGGUCGUCAGCGCCUUCACAGGAGGAAGGGCGAUAUUGUAGUCAUCAAAUCCCGGCCUUCUUGUGGUGCCAGGACUAUAUCUAAUCUCAGAUGGUCAUGGGCACAAAUGAUGCUGCUAGACUUGAACUGUAAAUUUGACCAUAGAAUACAAGGGAAAUCUGGUACGGAAAACUUAGACUGGCAUGGUACAAGCUAUGGGUCUGUUUUGAGUCUGCAAUCCUGAUGCAAUCCCGGCCAUUCAUUACUGGAUACAUG